AAAACUAACUCCUCCCUCCACCACAAUCUUCUCGAGUCACUUCAUAAGAUUAUCCAACUAUGAGCUCGUUUUUGUUUCCUUCUUCUUCUCCGAUUCCCAAACCUCACUGGCGCGGGAACUCCAUCCCUAGACCUAAUCGCCCGAUUACACUCUCUCUUCUUCACGGAAACUCCUAUUCGUGGAGGUUAUCUUGUAAACUCAGUCUCGAUUUCGAGGAAAGCGUGGAGGAAGAUGAAAUCCCUCAGUUUCUCGACUUCUCUGCCGAGGAGGAGGAGGAGCCUAGUUUGGAGAAGGAAACGGUUUCUGCUCCAACUACGACGCUGAUGCAGAGGAAGAAGAAGAAAGGAGAUGAAGAGAGCUUAGAAGAUAGAUUCAAGCUCAGAAAUGGAAAAGAGGUGUUUGAGGAGAAGGCGUAUCUAGUGGGAGUUGAAAGAAAGGGUGACGGAGAGUGUUUGUUUGAUAUAGAGGAGUCUCUUGAGGAGCUGGAACAGCUUGCGGAUACUGCUGGCCUUAUGGUCGUUGGUUCUACCUACCAAAAGCUAGCUUCCCCAAAUCCUAGAACUUACAUUGGGUCCGGAAAGGUCUCUGAGAUCAAAAGCGCUAUUAAUGCACUCGACGUUGAGACUGUGAUAUUUGACGAUGAGCUUUCACCAGGGCAAUUGCGUAAUUUGGAAAAGGCUUUUGGUGGGGAUGUUCGAGUUUGUGACCGCACCGCUCUUAUCUUGGAUAUUUUCAACCAAAGGGCCGCAACUCAUGAAGCAGCCUUGCAGGUUGCUCUAGCACAGAUGGAGUACCAGUUACCACGACUAACUAGAAUGUGGACUCAUCUUGAGCGUCAAUCUGGUGGUCAAGUUAAGGGUAUGGGAGAAAAACAAAUUGAAGUUGAUAAGCGUAUUCUGCGUACUCAAAUUGGAGUUCUCAAAAAAGAGUUGGAAUCUGUUAGAAAGCAUCGGAAGCAGUAUAGAAGCAGGCGUGUUGCUAUACCUGUUCCUGUUGUAUCUUUGGUUGGUUACACAAACGCUGGAAAGAGUACACUUUUGAACCAAUUGACUGGUGCUAAUGUACUCGCUGAAAAUCGUUUGUUUGCGACCCUUGAUCCAACUACGAGAAGGGUUCAGAUGCACAACGGGAAGGAGUUUCUUCUCACAGAUACUGUUGGUUUUAUUCAAAAGCUACCAACCACCUUGGUUGCUGCUUUCAGAGCAACACUCGAAGAGAUAUCAGAGUCGUCCCUUUUGGUUCAUGUUGUUGACAUCAGCCACCCACUGGCAAAUCAACAAAUAGAAGCUGUAGAAAAGGUCAUGUCUGAACUCGAUGUUUCAUCAAUCCCAAAAUUGGUUGUGUGGAAUAAGGUUGAUAGAGUGGAUGAUCCUCACAAGAUUAAGCUGGAAGCAGAGGAACAUGGGGAUGUAAUUUGUAUAUCUGCUCUGACUGGAGAAGGACUAGACAAAUUCUGCAAUGCUGUUCAUGAGAAGCUUAAGGAUUCAAUGGUUUGGGUUGAAGCCCUUUUGCCAUUUGAUAAAGGGGACCUUCUAAGCACCAUACACAAGGUUGGAAUGGUGAAAGAAACUGAGUACACAGAGAACGGCACGCUUGUUAGGGCACACGUUCCGCUUCGGUUUGCACAGCUGCUUAAACCUAUGAGACACUUGGUCAAAGAAGCGUCUUAUGCAAAGAAGGGUGAAAUAGAAUCAUAGAAACAACCUGAAGGCCUGUCUUUUCCUCGGAAUUGUAGACCACAUGUGGUUGGCAAGAAGCACCCGAAAGCACAGGGAGUUCUAACAACAUCGUGAACAUAAACCAGAAUGAAUGACUAUAAGGAAUAUUCGUCAAUCAAAAAGAAUGUGGAUAUACACAAGAAAUAUAAGCUUGAAACCCUAUUUGACAUUGUGUACUGGCAACACCCUUUUUGUACAGAGUAGAGCAUCCUGUUGGAACAUUGGGUGUCAUAUAACUAUUUCAGUUAACCAAAA